CAGCUCUCAGCGACACCAGCUUACGAUGUCGCUUCAAAGGGCCUUAGUCAUUCCUGCCGAGCGACAGCCUUUCAAGCUCGUCAGCGACUGGCCUAUUCCCAAGCCCGGUCCCAAGGACGUCCUAGUCAAGCUCAUCUCAAUCGCACUCAACCCCGCCGACUGGCGCGUCGAAUCUGGGACCGCUCGGGGUUUCGUCAAGGAAUAUCCUGUCAUCUGCGGCCUGGACGGUGCAGGCGUCAUCGAGGAAAUCGGUUCCAAGGUGACGCAUCUUGCCAAGGGCGACAAGGUGCUGUUCGAAGGAUGGUUCGACGAAGUGCACGGGACGUUCCAGGAGUAUGCACUCAGUCCGGCUGCUUAUACCGCCAAGAUUCCCGACAACAUCUCCUUUGACCGGGCUGCUACUGUUCCCAUGUGCCUCGCCACAGUCAUUACUGGCAUCUGGGCGCACGAUGAUGGCGCGAGGUCCGCCAAAUUCACGCCUCCUUGGGAGGAAGGCGGUAAGACCAAGUACGCCGGAGACGUCGCCUUCAUCGUCGGCGGUUCGUCUUCUGUAGGCCAAUACGCCAUCCAGUGUGCGCGCAUGCAAGGAUACGCGGCCAUCAUCGCCACCUCCUCUCUCAAACACCAGGAAUUCCUCAAGUCGCUCGGGGCAACCCACAUCAUCGACCGCAACCUCCCGCCCGGGGAGAUCCAAGCCCAGGCCCGCACCUUCGCCGCGGGCAAGCCGAUCACUUACGUCUACGACGCUAUUGGUGAGCGAGAGGAACAGCAGCUCAGCUACGAGCUCUUGGCGGAUGGCGGUGCGUUUGUCACCGUCCAGCCGUUCUUCCAUGAAUACCUUGAGGACCUGGUGACGGAGAAUGAGCCUGUCAUCCGCGUGUACGGGACAUUCGAUGUUCCCGAGAAUUAUAAGCUCGGAUCGGAGGUGUACAGUCGACUGCCUGAGUGGCCCGCUACGGGUGUCAUCGUGCCAAAUAGGGCGGAGGUUGUGCCAGGCGGUCUCGCUGGAAUUCCAGGAGGUUUGGAGAGGCUGCGGAAGGGCAAAGUCGCUGCAUAUAUUGACACCAUGUCACCGUAAAGCUCGAUGUUACGGCGGCAUCUUACUCCAAUGAAUUUACUCUACAGGCCUUCCACAACACCAUUCACUGAGCCUGCGGGACCCGCCAUUGCGACGAGUGUAUACCCCAAGAAUGGCACGACCUCGCAAGCAUCGCUCGCAUUCUCUGCGCCAUCCGUUAUGACCCGCCUGAUCGCCGGCAGAGACCAGUUCAAGCCUCUGAGGGCUUGCACGAUAGACGACACUAGACGUUCUGGGUUUGGAUAAAACCUCACAGGGGCUCAUUGUCGCACUGGAUCUUCGUACAUUCCAAGUGUUGUACAGUAACGAUCUUCCGUGAAGCGAACGCCAUAUCGCCG